UAUGUAUGUAUAUAUGUAUGUAUUUUCCUGUGUUCGAAUAAGAAAGCGUCACUGAAAGUUGUAACCAUGGAAUAGAGAUUAUCAAAACAUUUGAAACGAGGGCAGACUUGUUUACCUGUCCUUCCUAAGAGAAAGUAUUACAUAUUCAUUUAUCAUUAUUUUAAGUCACAACCGAUAAAAUAUUUCUUGAUUUUAUUUGUUCCAGGAUUUAUUAUUCUGUGAUUUCGUUUUAAGUUGUUAUCUAUAUUGAGAAGAAGAAGAAAGAAAUCCUCCUCUCAGGAACCAUGCAUUGACGUAUUGACCUCAACUAUCGCUGCUUUCGAUCUGCAACGCACCUGUUCGUUUUCAAUCAAAGGUAACUCGGUUUACAGUGAAUUCUUUACACACAUUUACGUGUAUCAUAACAGAAGAAAAGAAAGAGGUGCAAAAUGAGUUCCAGACCAAUUUCACGGAAGAAAACCAAAAUAAAGUCCUUUUCAAGACCAGACAGUGCCCCUACAGAUAAAACUGCUCCUGAUGUAUGGCUCACUUCUCUUAAGAACAGCAAUGAAAAUACUGUCUUACUGAAAAAAGUUGAUCAGAACUUGGCAUAUAACAGUACUUCAGCAUAUCAUCGGCAAGUCAUGGCUUUUGGGAAAACAAGAAAAAUGCCAGAAAUCAAUUCUCCUCGAAUGGCUGCAGGAACCCCUUUGUAUAAGAGUAAAGAGGAAUAUUAUGAUGAAGAGCUGCGAUUAAGAAAGGAAAUUGGAUCACUGAAGCAAGAAAAUUCUACGCUGAAAACUAAACUGCGCCGUUUGGAAGAAGAUAAUCUUAAGAAGGAAAAAGAAAUUGCUGCCCUCCUUGAUACUGGAAAGAACGAGGAAUUUCGGAGAACCUUAACUGAUCGACGAUCAGAAUCCUUCAUUGUUAUUUCAAAUCUCAAGCAUAAAAUUAUGAAACUAGAAGCACAACUUAAAGCCAAGGAAACUGCCUAUUUGAAACUGAAGAGCAAUUUGAAAACCACCAAAGUUGAAGAACUACAAGUUCAGGUAGAAACACUUCACCAGGAAAUUGUACGUCUACAGAAUUGCAACAGUGAACAGAAGUUCUUUAAAAAAGAGAGUGGGAACAGUACGAAAAUGAAAGCAUUGAGUGACACUGUUCUGUGUUUGAACCAGACUUUGGAACAACUUCGAAAUGAAAAUCAGUCUUUGAAAGAAGAUUUGGUUGAAGCUCUUGAAAACACAAGCCAAAACAAGGUUUCGAAAAGUUUGAACCAAAAUAAAACUAACUCUGAAACAAUCAAAGACCAAGAAGACAUGAAGCAACAUGAACUGUUGACCGUCAUUGCUGAACAAAAGAAAAUUAUUAAAGAUUUUGAAAGAGAGAAGGCAGUCUUGGAGGAUUAUCUUGAAAACAAGCCUUGGAGCAAUGUUCCUGGUAAAAUUCAGGUCCAGGGUUCCAUAGUUGAGCAACUGGAGCAGCUUGACAAACAAGAAACUCAUUUACUGGAAGAAUUGCAGAAUAUGAAAAAACUCAAGAAACAAAUGAAAAGUGAAAGAAAUCACUAUAAGAAAAAGAGUGAAGAAUUUGAAUUAGAUUGUCAGAAAUUGCAGCUGACCAUAAAAGAACUGGAACUAAAGCUCAAACUUGACAACAAAGCUACAAAUUCUUCAUUGAGACACAGAUCAAGAACCUCUCCCACUUCUGAGAACCAUAAUUCUCGAAGAAAUAGUAAGACAAAACAUAAGUCUGUUGAAAAUAUAAAGAAAUUAAAUGAGGAAAAAGAAAUUGUCAGCCAAGAACCUCAAGCGACAAGCAAUGAAGACGUGCUCAAACUAAGGAAAAAUCAUGCAGCAAAGUGUAUUCAGAAAGCAUGGCACCAACACGAUGCUAAUAAACAAGCUCUGGUAAUCAUUCAGGGCACACUCUUAGCACAUGCUGCUCGAAAGAAGUUUCUCAGACAAUCCAAAAAAGAACUCAAGUCCACCCGUCUGUGUGAAGAGGAAAACAUCUUGGAGAGAUCUGUAAAACUGAUACAGUCAGUAGUGAGGGCUCAUUACAGCAGGAUAAAACAACAGCAGAUCUUUAGGGAAAAUUUAAAGACGGAACAAAUAGUGCAGAGAUAAAGACAGAUUAUACAGUUCUUUAAUAAUAUUCGAUAUAUUGUUGUGUCUGGGGAGAGUCAUUUUCACUUUAUGCCUUAUUCCAUAUAUAUAUAUAUACAUAUAUAUUUAAUAAUAAUUAAUGAUGCAUUUUAUAAAUCAAAAUUGAAAAACCAUUCUUUCUUUUUUUCUACACUCUUUUCUUUUCACCCCCCACCUCCUCCUCUGAAAUUUAAAUAUAUUAAAUAUGUGCUCUGUAUAAAACAUCUUUAAUAUAUUUAAUUCUUCUAUUUCUUUCUUUUUUUUUUUAACUUAUUCCUGUUUCCCACCAAUCACAGUAUGUGCAAGCAGUUGGCAGAAAAAUCAUUCUUCAAAAACAGUCAACUGCAAUAAAAAGAGAUUAA